AUGACGGAGCAGCAUACCCCCUUCCCCGACCCCCUCCGAUUCGACCUCAAAGGCCAAGUGCAGAAGCUGCACGACCUGCUCCCCGCCAGAAUUCCCUACGCCAAUGCUUCUUUACAAAAUGCGCCUUCCCGACGUGCUCUUCUCGACGCUCUCUCUGCUUUGCUUCAUGUCCCACAUCUCACCAUGACAGUAUCAACCCUCUUUCGGCCAAUCCUCAUUGACCUUUGCGCACGGUGGCUGGAGGAAGAACUCGAGUUGCUUGACAAGCUAGAAUCACUCUGUUUGAUGUUGGAGGUGCACCAAGAGCUGUUUCCCUGCCUAUAUAGUGUUCUGGCUUCGCUCUUGCGGUUGCCGGUCCUUGAGCGUGGUCCGCUCCAUGUGGUUCCUUCAAACCCGCCCCCGUCUAAUGACAUCCUCCAACGCAUUUUACUCGUAUAUUACCGGAUCUUGCAAGCGAAUCGAAGUCUUCCCCGAUCAUUAGGGUGGCCUCUUUCUCCCCUCUCGAAGCUCGUCGGGGCGCAAGAUCUCCCAAAUGGCGUUCGUUUUCUCGCCAUCCGGUGUUAUUCUCUACAAGCUGGGAUGAUGGAGGGAGAACGGGUGAAGCUCGAGAAGGAAGUGCUGGGGGAGGUUUCUCAAGUUGAGUGCAAGAUCGCCUUCGGUUACGGCGAGGACGGGAACCCUCGCGAAGUGGAUGGCUGGGUCCUACCGGUACUCGAGCUAGAGAGAGUAACCCAGGCGAGGAACGCCCCUCUGAUUGCAAAUAUACACGGUGUCUUAAUGCUGCGUUCCGAUCGCCCAACUCCCCAAUCCUCACCACUCGUCGAUACACCAACUACGAGCCGAGCACUACAACAGAUUGCGUUGCACUUGUCACUAGACGUCCCCAUCCUGCUCACCUCUGCUCCGUCUUCCGGCAAGAGUCUCCUCAUCUCGCACUUGGCUCAAACACUCCACCCUUCCUCCAGGAAUCAUGUUGUCACUAUCCACCUUGCCGACACAUCUCUUGAUCCCCGAUCGCUUUUGGGCUCCUACGUCUCUUCCCCCUCCCGACCCGGUACAUUCGAGUGGAAGGAAGGUGUCCUUGUCCGUGCCAUGCGUGAGGGGAAAUGGGUCGUACUCGAAGACAUCGACCGCGCGACAAUGGAGAUGUUGGGAGUCCUCAAGCCCCUGGUCGAAUCUUUGGGCGCCGACAAAUGGAUUGGAGGUCGAGCACGUUUGAACGUCCCUAGUCGCGGAAUGGUUGAAGCCCAAGCUUCUUUUGCCUUGUUUGCUACGCGCUCCCUGCAGCUGUCUCGCCAGGGCACAUUCCCUUCCCCCACUUUCUUCGGCGCCCACAAGUUCUACGAAGCCGUGAUGGACUCGCCAGGAUCCCGCGAUCUCAGGACCAUCGUGGACAGUAAGUUUCCUCGUCUCGCCGGUGCUCUCGCGCAAGGUGCCAUCAAUCUUUGGGAGGGCGUACGGGCUGUCGGGAUCUCCGCGUCGAUCCGGGACCCUGGCAUUCGCGAGCUUGAGAAAUUUUGCACGCGCGUUGGUGGACUCCUCCCUUCCAACCUCCAGACCAUGGACUGCGACGAAGACCUCUCACAACCUCUCACCCUCGACAUGUUCAUUACCAACCCAACCAUUCGCGAGGAUAUCUACCUCGAGGCGCGCGACGUUUUCUUCGGGGUGGGUGCGACCACCGCCUCUGGACGCGCUCACCUCGAUGCCGUCGCUCGUGUCGCAGCGACCCAUCUGGGUAUCACGGAGGAACGAAUGCACUGGAUCCUCAACAACCGCACCUCAGAGUUCGACAUCGAGAAGGACGUCAACGGUCGUAUCGUCGCCGUUCGUGCAGGCCGCAGUCGUCUCCCAGCCCGCGCAAGCUCGGUGGAUAUGGCUCCCGCGAUCACCCGCCCGUUCGCGAUGCAUCGUCCAGCGAUGUCGCUCAUCUCCCGCCUCGCCUCGGCCAUCGCACUUGGCGAGCCGCUCCUCCUUACGGGCGAGACCGGCACUGGCAAAACGAGCGUCGUAACACAUCUCGCAGCCCUCCUUCGCCGGCCUCUUAUCUCCCUCAACCUUUCCAACCAGACCGAGUCGUCAGACAUCCUCGGAGGCUUCAAACCCGUCGACGCGCGCAUCCCUGGGGGCGAGCUUUACCAACGCUUCGUUGAGCUCUUCGGGGCGUUGUUCAACAGGAAGAAGCAGAAUGCCCAGUUCGAAGACGCUGUCAGGAAGGCGGUCCAGGAGAGGAAGUGGAAGCGGGCGGCGGCGAUGUGGUUGGAGGCAGUGAGGAUGGCGAAGGAUAAGCUUACGACGAGACAGGCGGAAGAAGAUGACAAGGAACUGGAAGGAGGGACCUCUCGUAAACGAAGAAAGGCCAAUCCAAACUCUGGUGUCUCAGUCGGUGCUUGGGAGGCGUUCGAGCAUGACGUACGGACAUUCGAGAUUCAACACGUGCAAGGGAAGAGCAAGUUCGCGUUCGCGUUCGUGGAAGGACCGCUGGUGAAGGCGCUCAGGAAUGGCGACUGGAUUCUGCUUGACGAGGUCAACUUGGCCACGUCCGAAACAUUGGAAUCAAUCUCCAGCUUGUUGCACGGUCCCACUGCGUCCAUCACACUCACUGAGCAAGGAUCAUUAGAGCCAAUUCCUCGCCAUCCUGACUUCCGCCUCUUCGCAUGCAUGAACCCAGCCACUGACGUCGGCAAGAAAGACCUCCCUCCUCAUAUCCGUUCGCGCUUCACCGAGCUGGACGUCCCGCCACCGGAUGCCGACAAGGACACGCUGCUCACCAUCGUGGCUCAGUACAUCGGCGGUUCUGCAGUAGGCGACAAAGGAGCAAUCAUGGACGUCGCGGAGUUCUACACCGCGGUGAAGGGGUUGGCAGAAGAACGACAAAUCGCGGAUGGCGCCAACCACAGGCCACACUUCAGCAUGCGAACCCUUGCCCGUGCGCUGACCUUCGCAUCAGACAUGGCCCCUUCGUACUCGUUGAGGAGGGCGCUGUGGGAAGGCUGUCUCAUGGCUUUCACCAUGGCCUUGGACAGUCCCAGUGCGGCCGCGGUGACUGCGUUGGCACAGAAGCAUCUUCUUGCAGGAGUCAGGAAUCAACGCUCGUUGCUCAUGAAGGAACCCUUACCCCCUGGAGACCCCUCUGCGUUUGUGAAGCUCGGUCCGUUCUACCUCGAACGAGGCCCUUAUCCUGAAGAUAUUGCAGAAGAUUACAUCAUGACGCCUUCCGUCGAGACCAAGCUCAUCGACCUCGCGCGUAUCAUUGCCGCCAAGCGCUUUCCUGUACUCAUCGAAGGCCCCACGUCUAGUGGCAAGACUAGCUCCAUCGAAUACCUCGCCAAGCGCACGGGGCAUCGUUUCGUUCGGAUCAACAACCACGAACACACGGACAUCCAAGAGUACAUUGGCACCUAUGUCUCGGACCCGAUCACCGGAAAGCUCGUCUUCAAGGAAGGCCUACUCGUCAGGGCCCUCCGUCAGGGCGAUUGGAUCGUCCUCGACGAGCUGAACUUGGCCCCGACCGACGUCCUUGAAGCUCUUAACCGCCUUCUCGACGACAACCGAGAGCUUGUCAUCCCCGAAACUCAAGAGGUCGUCCGGCCCCAUCCUCACUUCAUGCUCUUCGCUACCCAGAAUCCUCCCGGGCUCUACGCGGGACGCAAGAUUCUCUCGAGGGCGUUUCGCAACCGGUUCCUCGAGGUCCAUUUUGAAGACGUCCCACAAGCCGAAUUGGAGACGAUCCUGUGCCAGCGGUGUCGCAUCGCCCCAUCCUACGGUCAACGCAUCGUCAGUGUCUUUAGGGAGCUUCAGAAGCGCAGGCAGACCAGCCGAGUCUUCGAGAGCAAGCAAGGGUUCGCCACCCUCCGUGAUCUGUUCCGCUGGGCUGGCAGAGACGCAGUUGGAUACGAGGAGCUCGCGACGAACGGGUACAUGCUCCUUGCCGAGCGCGCGCGCAGAGACGACGACAAGGCCGUGGUGAAGGAGGUCAUCGAAAAAGUGAUGAAGGUCCGUAUCGACGAGUCGUCUCUGUACGAUCUCCAGCGCCCCAAGUUCGAUCCCUCGGACUACCUUGGAUGCCCUAUGCCCUCCUCGACCCAAAUCGUAUGGACCGCCGCUAUGCAGCGCCUCUUCGUCCUCACGGCACGUGCCCUGCGGUUCAAUGAGCCCGUCCUGCUUGUCGGCGAGACUGGGUGCGGGAAGACGUCAGUCUGCCAGCUGUACGCGGAGGUCCUUUGUCGCACCCUGCAAAGCGUCAAUUGCCAUCAAAACACGGAAACUGCGGACCUCAUCGGCGGACUCCGACCAAUUCGCAACAAGGCAGCGACAGAAGUCGAAACUGUUCGCGAGACCGUCGCGGUACUGUCGGAACUUGGGAUCUCGCUUACCGCUCGGGAUCCCGAGUCUCUUGUCAAGGUCAUCGACAAGCUUCUCAAAUCACCAACCUCGUCUCCAGAGCACAUCACCACGUUGCAUGAACAUCGAGCUCGAUUGCAACGCCUUUCCGCUCUGUUCGAAUGGCGCGAUGGCGCGCUUGUCGAAGCCAUGCGCAACGGUGAUGUCUUCCUCCUCGACGAGAUCUCCUUGGCCGACGACUCGGUUCUCGAACGUCUCAACAGCGUUCUGGAGACAGGUCGCACCAUCGUCCUCGCGGAGUGUGGUUCCGACAGCGCGGAGAUCCCAGCAAUCAAAGCCGAUGACGACUUCAAGCUUGUUGCGACUAUGAAUCCUGGUGGGGACUAUGGCAAGAAAGAGUUGUCUCCUGCCCUUCGCAAUCGCUUCACCGAGAUUUGGGUGCCCGCCAUCACCGAUCGACGGGAUCUAGAGUGUAUCGUGCAAACGUUGUGGCAGCACGACUCCUUGAAGGUCUUCACCCAGCCCCUGUUAGAUUUUGUUGAAUGGCUUUGCUCUACUGUCGGUGAUCACACAUUCGCAAAUUUACGAGAUAUCUUGGCUUGGGUGUCAUUCUCAAACGCGACCCUGUGUGAGACUACGGCGUCGUCCAUGACGGCGAGCGAGAUCUUCCAUCAUGCAGCCGAGAUGACUUUCUUGGACGGGCUUGGAACGAUGCCCCAACUUGCAGCGUACUCAAAGGAGGCCCUCGGCCGUCUCAGGUCUGGUGCUGUUCUCAAGCUGAACGAACUCGCGCCAACCUCGAUCGAUCCCGAGAAGCAAGCGCCAUCGGGCGAUGACAAGAAUAUUCAUUUUGGUCCCUUCGCCAUUCCUCGCGGGCCUCUUGCCGCCGUGGUUCCCAACUUCAGCCUGGAAGCGCCCACCACCCGCGACAAUGUCAUGCGCGUGGUCAGAGCAUGUCAGCUCCCGAAGCCCAUCAUGCUUGAAGGUAGUCCGGGAGUUGGCAAGACGAGUCUCGUCGCUGCGCUCGCCAACAUCUGCGGGCAUAGUCUCUGCAGAAUCAACCUUUCCGACCAGACAGAUCUUGUCGACCUUUUUGGCUGUGACCUUCCGGUAGAGGGUGGCGAGCCUGGCCAGUUUGCAUGGAAAGACGCCGAGUUCUUGCGCGCCUUGCAGGAAGGGCACUGGAUCCUCCUCGAUGAGAUGAACCUCGCGCCCCAAUCUGUCCUCGAGGGACUCAACGCGGUCCUCGAUCACCGAGGCACGGUCUACAUCCCGGAGCUAGGAAGAUCAUUCGUCCGCCAUCCAUCGUUCCGCAUCUUUGCCGCGCAGAAUCCUCUUCAUCAAGGAGGCGGAAGGAAGGGUCUACCGAAGUCGUUCCUCAACCGCUUCACGAAGGUCUACGUACAGGAGAUGUCGCCCAACGAUCUUCUCCUCAUCUGCCGCAACCUCUUCCCUCGAUACCCGGAAGACCUUUUGCAGAAAAUGAUCUCCUACAUGUCGGUUCUCAACGAGGAGACGAUGGUCAUGCGAUCGUUCGCCCGAGAAGGCGCGCCCUGGGAGUUCAACCUUCGCGAUGUCAUCAGAUGGGCCUCCCUCCUCCAACAUCCUCAAUCCCCCGUUCAUCCAGCGCAGUUCCUCUUCCCCAUCAUACUCCAGCGUUUCCGGACACCGGAAGAUCGCCGUCGCGCGUACGCUCACUUCUCGGCAAUCUUCUCUACCACGGACCCUAUCACCACCUCCUCGCUUUCAAUCUCCCCGUCAAGUCUUCAAAUCGGCCACCAUCAAUCAGCUCGCGCGACUCGCUCCUCGACUUCGCGUACAGGGUGCAUCCUACAGGCGUCCUUGUCUCCACUGGAAUCUCUCGGCAUGUGCAUCAAGCACGGAUGGCUUGCUAUCCUGACCGGCCCGCGGGAUAGUGGUAAGACGAGUAUAGCAAGGACUAUUGCUGACAUGUCAGGACAUAUCCUUCACGAAGUUUCCAUCAACAACGCCACAGACGCCUCCGACAUUCUUGGAAGUUUCGAGGAGAUAGACCUCAGCUACUCUGUCAAUCUCAUCGCUCAAGAACUCCUCGACAUCCUCGACGACGUAUCCCGUUCUCAUCUCCCCAGCCCUGUUUCAGCCUCAGAUCUUCCCGCAAUCGUGCGGAGCUUUUCACAAGUCCUCGAUAGCCUGGAGGACCUUCCGAGUCAAUAUCGCUCUAAAUGCGCGCGGGCGCGAAUCGAGGUGGGGCAGCUGUCAUCAAGAUGUCCACAAGCGGCCCAACUUCAAUGGGUCGAUGGUGCUCUUGUUCGUGCUCUGAAGGAGGGACACUGGAUUCUUCUCGACGGAGCUAAUCUAUGCAACCCUUCCGUUCUUGAUCGACUCAACUCCUUGUGCGAGAUCGGGGGCUCACUGACGCUGAACGAGCGAGGCGCGGUUAACGGCGAAGUUCAAGUGCUGAGACCCCAUCCCAACUUCCGACUCUUCAUGUGUGUCGAUAGCCAGUACGGAGAACUUUCCAGGGCCAUGCGCAACCGUGGCAUCGAAAUCGCACUAUCAUCUACCUGGAACGACGAGGACAUCAAGCGCAUACUCACUCACAUCCGGUGCUUCCCUAACACCGUUGAUAAUGAAUUUAGUCUCAAGAGGUCCAUCAUUCUUCAAGCCCAGAUCAGACGUGGAUUGCAAGAUCUCGAGACUCCCGCAUUGUUGGACAUAUCUUCUUGCCGACUCGCUCUCGAGGACUCCGUCAACGCUGCAAUCGCCGAUCUCGUUCCAACUCUACGUCCUUCGCCGCCCACUCACCCAAACCGCGCGUUAAACUAUUUCAUCGCAAGCCACGUAGCCCCUCUCUCAUUCCAUCAUCAUCAUCGAUUCCUCUCCAGCACACCUUCGGAGACGUUCUGUUCAGUCCGGUCACUGUUGGAAGCGCUAGAAUGUAGUCACAUUUGUUCUACUACGAUCCAAAUGCGGAUGGAUUUCAGCCAAACCCUUCACGUCCCGUCUGAUGCUCUUCUUGCGCAGCCGUUCGCCAUCGUCCCUCAAUCAACGCUCGUGAUUGAACCCGGAACAAAAAUUCUACGUCUACUCCGGCUGCUAGUCUCCACAUCAGUUGAUUACGGUCAGCCUUUGGAAGAACCGGACAUCGACAUGCUAUCACAAACGGUAUCGUUCGGACGCUUCCUGCGUCAGGCAAUUGACAUCUCGGUGACUUUUGACUUCUCGCUGGCGUUUGCAAUGGUCGAGUGGUUCCGCCAAGCUCUUGCAACUACGACUUCAGAUGCACUCGGUCUCAGAUCCAUCGUCGACGGGGUCAAAGCACUAGAAGAAACCGUAUCACUAACGUCCGGACUGGCGCUGACGGACCUCUGGCAAGCACUCUCAAUUCCUAUUGCUAUUGACAGGACUGGAGGCAAAAUAACUGCACUUGAAUGUGCAAGUCAAUUGCGAACACAAAUUUCCGAUGUCAUGGCCAUGUGGACGAUGCCUGCCUCCAACGUGGCUCAGGAAGACGUCUUGUUGGCUCUGACCGUACAGCUUGAACUAAACCUUCCUACAUCCAUCUAUGCAUGGCUGACCACUGCUCUACAGAUUCUGAAAGAGCUCGUGGACUAUGGUCACUCGGACCCUGAGGCUCCGCUCAAGAAUCUCAUGGUGUUCAGACGCCUUGCGUGGUUCGUAGAUUCUCAAGAAUCCCCGCUGUCUACCUUCACGCAGGCACAAGCGCAGUGGCUGAACGACUUGUGGGACGCAUCUUCCGUUGGAGAAGUAAGUUGUCUUGCAUUACAGCGCCACUUCCAUGAGCUUACGCACAUCUCAGCUCUCGGGGCCCUCAGCACUCUGCCACCCACUAUGGCCAAGCUGUCCUCACACGAAGCAGCGCUGCGAAGACGUAUCGGUUUCCUCACAGGUCAGCUCAUGGGACACACAAGUCGCGCAUCACAGAUGGCAAAUAUGCUGGCUGGGACCGUCGUAAUCGUUAGUAGUUCUUCCGGCCCUUUCGACAAACAACUAUUUGACCAGAGCGUUCCUGCGUCGCUCUCUGGCCCUUACCACCGACAUCUACGCCUCCCUCUUUUGGCCCUUAUGGGACACGACGACACGGCAUCUUUCUUGAAGUUGGGCCAAUGCUGGAUCGCCCUCUCGAGGUUCCUGCUAGAACUCUACGUUCCCAACAUCCCAAUCGACCCGGCCGCGAUAUUGCAGUGCUCUCAGAGGUUUCUGUCAGAGCAACGUGCCUUGUUGGAGGACGAACUAGCACUGCAGCGCGCGUACGAAAAACGGACAAUCGGGCGACCGGACAACUUCAUCAUCCAGCACCUCUCUGAAUCGCUCCAGACCCUCAUCCACAACAUGCCCACACUCUGUAGCACCACAAGCAACCGCACGAGCAUCAUUCAGCUUCACGCCUACUGGACGGAAGUAUCGCAAUUCCUUGAUCAGGUGAUCUCACCAGUGAAGAUAGACGCGAUCAUCUCAGCUCUGAAAACCAAGGGUACAUCGGCGCAGAUGCGAGAGCAGGUUGUUCAAGAGUCAAUUGCUGCGUUUUCCAGGAGGCUGGACUCCGUCUACCCCGAAUACAGAGAUAUCAGCGGACCCAUCCAUCUGGCCCUCCUUCAAUUGAGACUGGGCCUGCGUCUCUUAGCCGACGUUGCAAAUUCCGACGAGGCUGAUAUCAAGGACCUUGGUUCCACCGCUGGCACUCUCGUUUCGUUCCCGCCCUCCAUUGCCAGCCUCCGUGUCCGCCAGUCAUUAGGCCAGCACCCGUCCAGUUCCCAGUUUUCUCAUGUCCUUUGGAGAUUGGCUGCAGCGUCUAUUGACGUGUUCUCAGGCGCGGACUGUUCUGUGUACAUCCCCCAGAUCGCCGAGAUCUACGAGCAAGCCCUUGGUCUGUGGCUCAUCGAUAAAGCGAGGAAAGAGGAAGCAGAGCGUCAAGCACAGUCUUUGUACCGGAACGAAUCGAAUGCGGUUGCCACUGAGGCGGAGAACGAGGAACAGGACUUCCUCUCUCUGUUCCCUGAAUACGAAGACCUUCUGGACGAGGAUGCCCCCCAAGUCGGUUCCUCGACCUCACGCAAAUCCUCCGACCUUGUCGGUGCCGAUGAUGUCAGAAGAUUGUCGACAAUUCAUCUGAGUCUGUUCGUACAAGACACCCCUCAGCUCAGCCCCAGUCACAUCGAUUUACAACGAAGACUCGCUCGGGAAAUUCUCAUCACCCAUUCUGCUGCUCUCCCGGAGGUACUCGAUAGCUCAAGUCGCCCGUACCAGAUCUCAAUUCUUCUUGACCAUCUCUCUGUCCUCCACGGCGCUUCGCGUAGCGUCAACAAACCCUACAACUUCUAUGCCGACCCCAACCAUCUUGGAGCGCGUGACCACACGGCUCGUUCCUUGAUCAAAGAGUGGCCCGAUCAAAUGGUACUUCAACACCUCCACGCACGUUGUGAGGCCAUCCUUUCCCUCGGUUCUAUAAGUCCAGUCGCGAAGGUCCUGUCAGCGAUCGAGCAGCUUCUUCUACAGAUGGAGGAUUGGGAAAUGUACGCGAACAGGGAGAACACCCUCAAAGCUUACCAGCAGGAUUUGGUCAGCACGGUUGUCUCGUGGCGCCGCUUAGAGCUCUCUUCGUGGAAAGGGCUGUUACACACGCAGGCACAAGAGUUCGCGGAAGGCACUUCGGAGUGGUGGUUCCGUCUGUACGAGGCGACAGUUCGAGGCGCCUCCGCGGCUGCUCAAGAGGAAGACAGCAAUAUCAACGCGCUGGCCACCUACUUGGAAGGCCUCGUGCCGCUCCUGGACACGUUUAUCACCUCGAGCCCGCUUGGCCAGUUCACUGCACGUUUGGACCUCUUACGCGCUUUCGAAGUCUUCGUCACGGAACUUGCCAAUAUCCAGAUUGGAGAAGCAGCCGCUGCGUCUCGCCGCGUACACAAUAUCCUCUAUUUCACCCGCAUAUACUACUCUCAAUUCACCCAGAAGGUCGCGGCCUCUUUGUCAAGUCAGCAGAGCUCGUUGGAGAAAGAGAUCCGCAACUUUAUCAAGCUCGCGAGCUGGAAGGACAUCAACGUGCACGCGCUCAAGCAAAGCGCUCAACGGACCCACAGGCAAUUGUACAAGUGUAUACGGAAGUUCAAGGAGGUCCUUCGGCAACCCAUCACCGCGCAUCUUGUCCCCGGCGCUGCUGGCUCAGACGAGCAGAACCCCGACCACGACCCACUUACUCUUCUCCUUCCUGCUGAGAUCGCUCCUCUUCCCGCGUUUUCCGGUACAGUCGCUCUUCCCGACCAUCUGCUGCACCUUGACAAGACGAUUCGCAAUUUCCGCGCGGUCAUUGGAGGUCGCAUAUCUUCCGUCAUCGGUUCUCUGGUACCAAUAGAUCUCGAGGAGCUCUCUGCGGACAUCAUCACGAACAUGCAGACCCUUGCUUCCUCCAGCCCCCCUCCAGCGACAACCAAGGAGCAGAAAGAAAAGUUCUACAAGGCGCUCCUGGUCCGGAAACGCAAAGCUUGGAGCGACCUGCUCAAGGAAUUGAAGAGGAUCGGGCUAGCCGUCAACAUGAAGCCAGAAGUGCUGGAACAGCAGAGUAGUCCACGUUGGCUGAGGGAGCAGCGAAUCGCCGAACACGACGAAGCUCUCCCUCACUUCGACAAGAGCGAGAAAUACCUCAUGCGUCUCACCAAGCUGCUCCCCGAGCUCCGUGCCUCUCUGUCAAGCCAUCACGAUGACAUAGGAUUACGCGACCUGCAGCGUGGCACCAACCUCGUCGAGUCUGCGUUCUCGUUUGCACUCGAGGCCAGGGCUUCCUUCGUUGAAGCUGUCAACGAGUAUCACCAACUCCGCAUCAAUGUUGCACGACUUCAACAGGCGUAUGAAUCUCCCCGAAUCGCUGCAGUCGGUGUAGAAGCUUACCACCGAGUAACGACGAUGAAGGAAGACUUGGGUCGAUUAUGUCAAGCACUCGACGAAAUUGUCGUUGUAUGGAGGCGAUUCCUGCAGGAAAUCCCAGAGACGGAACCCUUGCCUGUGGUCAUCGCGGAAGCCGAGACGAUACUGUCCUCUUCCAGAACCUUCCUUGGCCGUUUGGUGACGAUCGCGGAGACUUUGAAAUCGUCACAAAUUCCAGCUCUUCUCGAAGGUGAAGCGGCAGUCAUAAAAGAGACCCUUGAACACGUCGAGACGGUCUCUAGGUUGCUCGUGGGAUGGAACAACGCACCCAACGUCGUCGCUCACUUCACAAAGCCGGUUCUUGAGUGGCUGCAACAAUCUUCCUUCUCUCUACGGUCCCAACUCACGCAUGGCCCUCGAGAAGUCGCCUCAGACAAUACUGGUGGGCUCAUCGACCGCCUCCUCCUUAGCGUACAGGGCAUCCUCGCUCUACCCAUGCCCACCGCCUCCACCCGCCUCAUUUCCCAGGUGACGCGUGCGCUCAAGAUCUCCGACGUCCGCGCGCUCCUCGACGAGGUCACUGCCGAGACCCUCCACGCCCACCCCGACGAGCUCUCACGGCGCCUCGCGCGCGCCCUACCCUUCCUCGACACGUACCUGGCGCUCGCGCUCGCGCAGCUCGCCAACCACUGCGCGUGGACGAAGUCCCUAUUCAAGCUCGACUACGUCAUAUGCACCGUCGUCCGCGCGGUCGCGCGCGACGGGUUCUGCAAGCCACCCGAGGGUGCAGAGGGCGAGGCUGGAGAGGCAGGGACGCAGGACGCAGACGGCAUGGGCCUAGGAGAGGGCGCGGGCACGGAGAACGUCAGCAAGGAGAUCGAGGAUGAGAGCCAAGUCGAGGGAUUGCAGGGCGAGGCGGACGCGGACGAAGACGUCGAGCGCGCGGAGGAGGAUAACGCGGUAGAGAUGAGCGAAGACUUCGGCGGGAAGAUGCAAGACGUGCCGGAGAAGGAGGACGGCGAGGGCGAGGAGCAGGAGCAGGACGAAGACGACGUGGAGCCUGAAGAGCAGGUGGGCGACCUCGACGCGAUGGACCCCUCAGCGGUGGAUGAAAAGCUGUGGGGAGACGAGAGUGGGCCAGAUGAUACGCGCCAGGACGACGGGAAGGCGGACGAUCACUCGACAAAGCAGCAGGAGAAAGAGUCUGAGAUGGCGGCGAAGGAGGAUCAAAAGGGGAAGCGACCCAAGGAGCAGCCGAAGAAGCAAGAUGAAGGGGAAGCAGCGACGCAGGAAUCGGGAGAUGGAGAGGAGGAAGAGGCAAUGCAGGAGGACCGCUCAGAGGAUGGGGAAGAUGAGACGGGGCAAGAUCAGCAAGGAGGCGCACCCCUUGAUGACUUUGUCCAAGACGCCAAGACUCUGGAUCUUCCUGACGACCUAGAUUUCGGUAAGGAGGGCGAAAAAGACAGAGACAUUGACGACGACAUCGAGAUGGAAGACGGAGACGGCGAGGAAGGAGAUGAGGAAGACGAAGCAAGGCCUGGCGACGAUGUGUCGGAGGAAGCGGAAGAUGGGAUGGUCAUCGACCCCGACAACCCCCAGGUAGCGCCAGACGACCAGCCCCCUCCUGAAGGGGUGACAGAGGAUAUCGUCGACGGAGCGACAGCACAGCCUGAUCUGCACGCUGGCUCUGGUCAAGACAGCGGCGAACAAGGCGAACAAGCUGUUGCAGAUGCUACUCAGGGCGAGGGCGGCCAAGGACCCUCGUCGUCGGGAGAAGCUGGCAUGGUCGAAGCGCAAGAUGGUGCUGGUGCCACACAUGCUCAACAGGGAGCGGCGCCUUCACAAAGCAAGCCCCGGCCUCUCCAAAGCAAUCCCUUACGCAGCCUCGGCGAUGCACUUCGAGAGAUCAAGCAACGGAUGGAUGACAUCAUGGAGAGCGACGGAACGCAGUCUCGUCCAGAACAGAACGCCCCAGAGGCUCAGAACUCUCAGCUGGAGUAUCUUCGUCCUGAAAACGACAUUGGAGCCGAGGAGAUGCAGGCUUUGGGUCCCGCGUAUCAAGAGGACGUUGCAAAGCUGAACGACCUCAAGUUCCUCGACGAGGACAUGGAAGAUCUCAACACUGUACCACCCGUGGAGGACCCUCCUAGUGCAGCUUCCGACGAAACAACUCUUCCACCGCAGUCAUUUGUCCUUCAAAGCGAGUCCACAGGCCACGCAUUAAGCAGCGACGUCAAGAGUGCUUUGACGCAGACUGAGAUCCGCUCUCGGCUCCCCGAUUCCUCCCAAGACCAUUCGGUCGCCCCUGUCUCCGCCGACGUAUCGAUGUCCUCGGAUGAGCCUGAGGAGCAGGAUGCGCAGCAGAAUAUUGAACUCGCUCUUCGCCAAUGGCAAGCCGAAGGCCAACCUGAACUCGGCGCCGAGGACAUGUGGCGCAAGUACGAAGCUCUGACCCAUGAUCUCUCCUACACCCUCUGCGAGCAGCUCCGUCUCAUCCUCGAGCCUACGAUGGCUACCCGUCUGCGCGGUGACUACCGCACCGGAAAGCGCCUCAACAUGAAGAAGAUCAUCCCGUACAUUGCCUCCGAAUUCACGAAGGACAAGAUUUGGCUCCGCCGCACGCGCCCCUCGCAGCGGGAGUACCAGGUGCUCAUCGCGCUCGACGACUCGCGCUCGAUGGCCGAGUCGCACUCGGUCCACCUCGCCUUCCAGACCCUCGCGCUCGUCGCCAACGCGCUCGGCAAGCUCGAGGUCGGCGACGUCGCGAUCGCGCGCUUCGGCGAGACCGUCGACGUCCUUCACGGCUUCGAUGGCGGGCCCUUCUCUCAGCAGGCCGGCGCGCGUGUCAUGCAGUCCUUCCGCUUCGACCAGCGCGCCACGCAGGUGCUUUCACUCGUCGAGACGAGCCUCGGCGUGCUCGCGCGUGCUCGCGAACGGCGCGCAGGCGGCGCAGGUUCCGCCGCGGACCUGUGGCAACUCGAGAUCAUCGUCUCGGACGGUAUCUGCGAGGACCACGACAAGUUGCGGGCGGUGCUGCGGCGCGCGGAGGAGCAGCGGAUCAUGGUCGUGUUCGUCAUCAUCGACUCGCUGCACUCUAAGGGUGUAGCCGGCGCGACCGGGCAGAACGAGAGCUCGAUCCUGUCGGUGGUGCGGCCAACGAUCAAAAUGGUGGACGGGAAGGUGGACCUACAGAUGGCGCGGUACCUCGACACGUUCCCGUUCGAGUACUACGUCGUGCUUCGGAACGUCGAGGCGCUGCCGGACGUCUUGGCUGCUACCCUGAAGCAGUUCUUCGAGAGGAUCGCAGAGGCUUAA